AUGCCCAGCAUCUUCGCCUACCAGAGCUCCGAGGUGGACUGGUGCGAGAGUAACUUUCAGCACUCGGAGCUGGUGGCCGAGUUCUACAACACGUUCAGCAAUGUCACCUUCUUCAUCUUUGGGCCUCUCAUGAUGUUUCUGAUGUACCCCUAUGCCCAGAAACGCUCCCGCUGCAUUUAUAUCACUUGGAUCCUCUUUAUGGUCAUAGGCCUAUUCUCCAUGUAUUUCCACAUGACGCUUAGCCUCCUGGGCCAGCUGCUGGAUGAGAUUGCUAUCCUGUGGCUGCUGGCCAGUAGUUACAGCAUAUGGAUGCCUCGCUGUUACUUCCCCACUUUCCUAGGAGAGAACAGGUGGGGCUGGGGCCGGUCCUCUGUGGGUCCCAUCAGAGCCCAUCUGAGUUCCUUGCUGUCCUUCCUGAGACCUGUGAUCAACGCAUACGCUCUCAACAGCAUCGCUGUGCACAUCCUCUACAUCGUGUUCCAGGAGUAUAAGAAGACCAACAACGAGGAGCUUCGGCACAUAAUGGAGGUGUCUGUAGUGUUGUGGGCUUUCGCGCUGACCAGCUGGAUCAGUGACCGCGUGCUUUGCAGUUUCUGGCAAUGGAUUAACUUCUUUUACCUGCACAGCAUCUGGCAUGUGCUUAUCAGCAUCACCUUUCCUUAUGGCAUGGUUACCAUGGCCUUGGUGGACGCCAGGUAUGAGAUGCCAGGUCACACCCUCAAAGUCCGCUACUGGCCUCGGGACACGUGGCCCGUGGGGCUCCCCUACGUGGAAGUCAGUGAUGACAAGAACUGCUGA